AUAUCAAAGGCGGUUUCCCGGAGAGAAGAGGGAAGUCAUUCCUUGAAUGCGAAUGCUGGUGUGAUUGGAUUUCAUUCACAUCUCCCUCUCUCUCUCUCUCUCUCUCUCUGAGAUCACAAAAGCAGGAAUGAUGAUGGAAUCACCAGAUGCGUCUUGCGUCUCUUCUCCAGACGUCGCCCCCAACCCAUCUUCUUCAGCCCUUCGUCCCAAAUCCCCAGAUGAUAAGGAGAAGCCUACAUAUAUUAGGUUCCUCGUUUCAAAUGCAGCAGCUGGGUCUGUCAUUGGAAAGGGUGGUUCAACGGUUACAGGAUUUCAGUCACAAUCUGGUGCUCGCAUUCAAUUGUCCCGCAACCAUGAGUUUUUUCCAGGAACAUCUGACAGGAUAAUCAUGAUAACUGGAACAUUUAGUGAAAUAAUAAAGGCAAUGGAACUCAUCCUCGCAAAAUUGCUAAAUGAGGCACGUGCUGAAGAUGGUGACGAUGUUGACCCUCGAUCAAAAUUGAGGCUCAUUGUUCCAAAUAAUUGUUGUGGUGGCAUAAUUGGCAAGGGAGGAUCGACCAUCAAGUCAUUUAUUGAAGAUUCACAAGCUGACAUCAAAAUAUCCCCACAAGAUCAUAAUUUUGUUGGCUUGAAUGAUAGGCUAGUGACGUUGACAGGGUGUUUAGAUGAACAAAUGCAGGCCAUCAUUUUGAUCCUUUCAAAGUUAACAGAAGAUUCUCACUACUCACAAUCUAUAUAUGCUCCUUUUUCAUAUGCAGUGUUAUACAAUGCAGGAAACUUUGGAUCCAACGGCGCUGGAGGAAAAUAUCAAAACAACAAGGGUCUGUUGUCGUCAGCGGCUACUACGAGAUCAACAGUUGGAUCCCAAGAAAAUCGGGGGGAUGCUUUGACGUUUGGUGUGGCGGAUGAGCAUAUUGGCGCUGUUGUCGGUCGUGGUGGAAGGAAUAUAACAGAGAUUUGUCAGGCUAGUGGAGCCAGGAUCAAGAUAUCCGAUCGAGGUGAUUUUGUGUCCGGUACAUCUGAUAGGAAGAUAACGAUCACAGGUUCGGAUGCAGCGAUCCGAAUGGCAGAGGCUAUGAUAAUGCAAAAGGUUUCUUCUGUUUCUGAGAGAACUGAUUAUAGUGAAAUCCGAAGCUGAUGGUGGUCAAAGGAUGAAAGGGGAAGGUUAUGAUCGCCGAAAGCUUGUGUGGGGAAAUGGUUAUUAUAGAGUGUGGUUCAAGUUCGUUUCCUGAGGCUCCAAGAGGCUGUUGUAACUGAGUUUCUUAGCCAAUGCAAAUACUAAUUGGCCAUUAUCAAUUCCCUUUUUUGUAUAAGAUUUGAAUAUAAAGUUUUCAGGUGAGUCUGAGAUCAGAGAUCCUUCCUAGACGCAUUACCAGAAUCUGUAGCCGAUAUUGUAGUGACAUUUUUCAAGGUUUACUAAAUUAGGCGUAAAAAAUUCA